AUGGAUGGGCACUUAGAGCAAAUAAGGAGAAACUUAGAACUAUCAAACAUUGAGGAUGAAGACAAAUUUGUAGGUGAGGAAGUGGAAGAACAAGAAAAAGAGGUCCCUGUAUCAAAUGAAAUUUCAAUGAAGAAUGAGGUUGUGGAGGAAGCAUCAAAUAGUCAAAGACACACAAGUGAUCAAAAUGUGCAUAAUAUUAGUGAUUAUGUGGAUGAAGACGCAACUUCUGAUGCAGUGGAUAUGGAUCAAUAUCGCAUAAACUCUUGGAAAGAUAUUGGUAAGAUUGAUUUCUCAAGUCUAUCUAUGGAAAAUAUUUGUCAAUUGCACUUUGUUGAUCUUAUCUUGGCAUUCAAAUUUUAUAAUUCAUAUGCCAAGACGAGGGGCUUCAGUGUACGAAAGAGUAGAAGUAGAAUAGUUGAUGGAAAAGUUAGAGAAAAAGCAUAUGUUUGUUCUCGUGAAGGAUAUAGAUUAGAAAAAUGGAACCAUAUGAAAAAUCGAGUUAGGGAGCUAAAACCAGAGACAAAAUGUGGUUGUAUGAGUAAACUUCAUGUUUUCUUCGAUGUGGUAACUGAGAGUUGGGUAGUGAGAGAUUUUUGUGAUGAACACAACCAUGAGCUUAUUAUUCCAAAGUUAGCAAGAAUGUUAAGAUCUUACAAGAAAAUGACUGAGCCUAACAUUAAUCAAAUGAACCAUAUGAAAGAGGUGGGGAUUAGCAUACCAAACAUAUUUGGGUCAUUAGCUAGCCAAUGUGGUGGGAACGAGAACGUUAAUUUUUCAAUUAAGGAUAUGCACAAUCAAGUUGCGAAGCAAAGAAGACAAUUACCUGAUGAUUUAACCUCUUUGGACUACGAUCUGUUCGGGGAUGUGCUAGCAUUUGACACCACAUAUAAGAAGAAUCGAUACAGAUUGUUGGUUGUAAUAUUCUCGGGAGUUAACCACCAUAAUCAAACCGUUGUAUUUGGUGUUGCGAUAGUUUCGAAUGAGAUGAAAAGCACGUACGUGUGGUUACUAAAACAGCUUCUCAUAGCAAUGAAGGGAAAGACACUGACUUCAGUAAUUACAGAUGGUCAUCCAUCGAUGGCUAUCGCUAUUCAGGAAGUGUUUUCAAAUGCACAUCAUAGGUUAUGUGCAUGGCACUUGAUGCAUAAUGCAACAAGCAACAUUCACAAACCUCAGUUUACGAAAAUGUUUACAAAGUUAAUGCUAAGUGAUUAUGAAGUUGGUGUGUUCGAACAAAACUGGGAGGAAAUGGUUGGAUUCUUUAGAGUGGAAGAUUGGGAGUGGAUAGUAGAUAUGUAUGGGAAAAGAAACAUGUGGGCUACCACUCAUAUCCAAGGAAAAUUCUUUGCUGGGUUUAGAACGACUUCGAGGUGUGAAAGUCUACAUUCUAUCCUCAAAAGAUAUGUUAAAUCACACCAUAAUUUGACAGAAUUUGUUCAACACUUCCAGCAUUGUUUGAGCUACAUGCAACACAGAAAGGAUUUGGCAGACUUUAAAUCAUCAACUGGACAACCUGUGAUACAGACGCACUUUCAAAAAUUAGAAAGGUCAUUAGCUACCAUUUAUACCCGGCAAAUUUUUUAUGUUGUUCCGUUCAAUGCUCCACAAGGCCAGCACAUUGAAGGUUUUCUAGACAUUGCGGAGUUGCCAAAAUCAUUAGUGCUACGAAGAUGGACUAAAAAAGUGAAGGAAGGCAUUAGUGGGUAUGAUGACAUGUGCGGCUUGAUGGAAGAUUCCUUGGCUAUCAGUUGGCGUGCAUGUUUGGCACAUUGGUGUAAACAAAUUAUGAACAAAGGGUGCCUAAAAGGGGAUAUUUUUAAUGAAUCACGAGAUGCAUUGGUAAAUAUACUUUCAUGGAUUAGGGCUCAUAAUGGGGACAAUAACAUGAUGGAGGGGCAUGCAGAAUACAUGUAUGAAGACCUUGCAAAGAAUGGAAGUACUGAGAUAGAGACCACAAGGAAGCCUAAGCGUUGCAACUACUAUCGCAAGGGAGACUACUCCUUCGUAGAUGCUGAAAGUGAUGAGUAUGUUCACACUGAAUGGUUUGAAGAGGAAGAUGAGUAUUUAGAUUCCUUAAGGUAUUACGAACAGAGUGGUGGCGAGACUGAGUCCUCAAUGGAUUAUGAUUCUGGGGCAAAUGAUGAUGAUGAGGCAGAGUUGUGA